UUUUACUUCCUUAAUCGCUGUGCUGAAAGUGUGGUAAAUUGUUGGGGAAAACGUGCAAAGUAGACCUGAUCAUGGUAUAAGAUACGGCAAGAAUUUGCUUGCUAUCAGCUGGGAUUCAAAGUACGAAUAGCUACUGCAGGUUAAAUAGUUUUCUAAUCAAAUUUAGCAUCGGAACCCUGGCUUAACAAAACAUCUGCUCAGAAGGUAAAAGGCAUACAUUGCCCAUUUGACCAAAUGAUAAAAGGCCACUGUCUUACCUGAGUCUAAGGAGUGCACUUAUUAUGGAUGAACUGGAAAGAGAGCUAGGGCCUCUUGAAGAUGUAGAGGAUGACGACUCUUCAGACAACAACUCUACAAAAGGAAGGAAAAAAUCCAAUCUCCCUCUGGUUAAUCCAUUGUGUGUAGAGACACCGAAGGAAACUGGGUUUCACCAGAGUACAAGGAUCUGCCUGGAGCAGAUCAGAGAAGCCAUGCUGCAUCACAGAUGGCAAGAAGCUGCAGAAUACAUGGCAUGUUACUCACAAAUACUAGAAGACUCAUCUAGAAACACAGAACAGCAGUAUAAAGAGCUUAUUUGGAGAAUCAGCACUGAGAUCCUUCACAAUCACCCCAACUCAAAGUUGGAAGACUACAACAUCAUCUAUGAACGAAUGAAACAUUCGGGAUUUCGGCAUUACCUGAUGAUCAGUCUGGAACAUGCCUUCCACCUGCUGCUCCAUGGCCACAUUGAAGAUGCAAAACGUCAGCUGUCCAAUCAGAAGACUAAAUUGAUCCAGGCCUACAGGAGCCUGCUUGAUUAUAUCAUCUGGUGUGACAAAAAGUUUACACACUCCAACACUGAUUAUCCCGACUCUGGUGACAACCAAGAGAUGCACAACUACUUCAGACAAGCCUCUGUGAAUCUAAAGGAGAUUUUGAAAAAUCCUGGUGUCUGGGAUCCCUUCAUACUAUGUUAUGUUGAGAUGCUGGAGUUCUAUGAGGAUCAUGAGGUGGCUCUAAAAGUCCUGAAUGACUAUGCAUAUGAUGACAGUUUUCCACCUAAUCCCAAUGCGCAUGUCUAUUUGUACCAAUACUUAAAGCGGCAUGAUGCAUCCGAGAGGAAACUGAUGCAAGAGUUGAAGAACCUCCAUGUUUUAGUCCCAAGCCAUGAGUUGAUGUUGGAGUACAGCUCUCUCCUGCUUCAGUCAGACAAAAAAGGUGACAUCCAGAAGGCUUUAGGGGUUGUUCUGGAAAUGCUUGACUUUGCUUGCUGGAGGAUCAACCUGGAUGUGUGGAAGCGUUUAAAAGCCAUUAUUCAAAAAUUACACUUACAAGAAGACUGGAAGGAUGUUGUUUCUGGAGAAAUGGCUGGAAGAAAAGACUGGUGGCCUGCGCUGCACUUCACAAGCUUCCAUGCCUGUAAAGACUCUGAGGAAAACCCAGAGCUGAUGGAAGUGAAGGCAUCGCUGACAAAAAUCCUCUGCCCAGACCUAAUGCUUAAGUACACUGCUGAAAGGGUGACCAGUGGCACGUGGACUUGAAUGAAGAAAGCAAAAAGAAUAUCAAAUUGUGUCUUCAAACAUUUCAGAAGAAAGGAGAUGCUGUGGGGAAUCAUGUCAAUAAUUCUGGAAAAGGUGCCUUAAUGAAGAGCAUGAGUCUUCAUAAAUGCAAUUUUCACAAAACCUUUUUUCACUGUGUUCCUGAUGUCAAAAAUGGACCUCUAUAUUUUUCUUUUCCUUUUUCAGCAUUGUUCCUUCAUGUGUAGUUAAUUGUGCCAUGAGCUUUAUCGUGAGAGUACAAGUUACAUUGUCCACCAUGUGGAGCUGUUGUUCUGUGUUUCUGCAGGAUCUGGAGGGUAUGACCACCUGAAUUUGGCAGAAACUAGUUAUAACUCUGAGUGCCAGGUUGGCCUCAUGGUUUCUGUAAACAGAGUCUCAUUUUAACCUCUGUCUGCUGUGUGAAGCGGUUUUAUGGUCUCUUGCACACCACACAGUCUGAGGGAUUCUCUCUGUCACCUCUGUGUCAUGUGAGAAUACUCAUCAGCGUAACAGAUCAUUGACAGGUGGUUACUGCUAACAGCUUUAAACUAUUUAAUGUUUUCUUUGUCAUAACUGACUUGUGGUCAGCUUGUACAUGUGCUAGUACUUUGGCCACAUAUUGUCACUCACUGCCAGUCCUUUAUUUUAAAGCUCUGACAAGGUAUCUUGUCAUAAAGAGGCUCAAUAUUUUGUGUCAUGUUUUAAAAAGGAGUGAUUUUUAUCUGCAGAAGAAGGUUUCUAAUGGCUUGACAGAGUCCUGUGCUUACUCUCCUGAGUCCUUUGCACUGAACUAUGACUCUGGUAUCAAGCAGCAUGCCAAUUUAAUAAGUGAAAGUGUUUGUAAUGAUUCUGAUUUGGCUUGCCACAAUGUUGGCCAUGCAGCAACUCAAGUCAGCUGUACUGUGUGUGUUUUGCUUUGCAGUCAUUAUAUAAACCAAAGCCCAAAGCACUUGCCCGACCACAGGAGCAGCUGCAGAAGGGAUCUGCGAAUACAUAACAACACAUGUCGUUUGAAAAUUCUAAACUCUGAGAACAGUGAAGAGGAUCGAGGCAGGAGUGAGUCACUGCUUUGGACUGUGUCCUGUUUGAGACUCUUUUAAAGCUUUUUAGAGGAUUUUUGAAUUUUUAAAAUCACACCAAUGCUUCUUCCUCAAGGGCACUGUGAUGGGUUAGAGGUCAUUUUUAUGCCCUUGUGCCAGCAACAGCCAUGGCCACUAGAGGCAUUAUGUUUUUGGGUUGUUUGUCCAUCCAUCUGUAUGUCUGUCCAUACAAUCAGAUGGCCCAUUCUUGUGAACUCGAUAACUCAGGAACACCUUGAGGGAUUUUUUUUUCUUCCAAAUUUGGCAUAUGUCCACUUGGCCUCAAUGAUGAACUGAAUAGAUUUAGGGGGUCAAAGGUCACUGCAUCCUCAAGUCCCAUUCACAUUAAUUUGACUGACUGGUGAAGACAUACACCUGCAAUGAAGUGAAGAAAAUAAGAUGUGGUUUUGUAUUUGGGGGUUAUGCUGAGCUAAACAAAUCCAUUGCUGGUGGUA